ACUCUUCACUCUCUCUGUCUCGUUAUCCCAAAACACAAGUAAACCACCAGCAGCAGCAGCCAAAACCAUGUCACCCGGUCCCGUCGUUGAGGCUGAACCCGCCACCGUUUCCACCACCGAGGAGGUCAAGUCAACUGUGGAAGAGACUCUGCAAAAGAAGCCUCCUCAGAACGAGGAUGAGCCUGUUGUGGAGGACGUGAAAGAAGAUGAGAAGGACGAUGAGGAUGAGGACGAGGAUGAUGAGGACGAGGACGAUGAUGAUGACACCCCCGGUGCGAAUGGGAGUUCAAAGCAGAGCAGAAGUGAAAAGAAGAGUCGCAAGGCAAUGUUGAAGCUUGGCAUGAAACCUGUUACUGGUGUUAGCAGGGUCACCAUCAAGAGGACCAAAAAUAUACUCUUUUUUAUCUCAAAGCCAGAUGUCUUCAAGAGCCCAAAUUCUGAGACUUAUGUCAUAUUCGGAGAGGCUAAGAUAGAGGAUUUGAGCUCUCAGCUGCAGACACAGGCUGCUCAGCAGUUUAGGAUGCCAGACAUGUCAUCUAUGUUACCAAAAUCAGAUGCUUCUACUGCAGCUGCUUCAGCUCCACCAGAGGAAGAAGAGGAAGAAGUCGAUGAUACUGGGGUGGAGCCUAGGGACAUUGAUCUGGUUAUGACACAGGCUGGGGUUUCUAGGACCAAGGCUGUCAAGGCUCUCCAGACAAACAAUGGGGACAUUGUCAGCGCUAUCAUGGAGCUUACUACUUAGGCUGGCUACCUGGUUACUCUCUUAUUUUCAGUUUAUGAGCUCUCAGAACAUUUAAUUAAUGGUGGUCAGAUUGGCUCGCCAUCUCCCAGGAGAAUUAUCCAUUGUGUCAAAUUUGAGAUUAUUGCGGUCAUUAUGCAGGCUUUUUGUUUUGGUAGUAAGCUCUCUUAUUUGUUAGACGUGCAGAUUGAUAUAAUCAACAAUAAUAAUUAGUUUAGAAAA